GAGAGAUAUCAAGUGUGUUCCCAAGUAACUAACCAGAGAAAUGGACAGUUCCAAGACGAGCUACAAAGCUGGGGAGGCCAAGGGCGAAGUCCAGGCCAAGACUGAGAAGAUGAUGGACAAGGCCGGCGAUGCUUGCAAAUCUGCCAAGGAGUCAUGCCAAGAUGCUGGUCAGCAAAUGAAGGCUAAGGCAGAAGGGGCUGUUGAAGCUGCCAAGGAUGCAACUGGAAUGAACAAGUGAAGCUGAUACUUCUCUCAACCUCCAUGCCUCCAUUUCUUUCUUUUGCUGUUAUCCUUCUUUUUCUUCCUGGGCACACUAGUGAUCUGUGUGUUCUUUGAGCAAGGUUUUUGGUCUGUUUUCUGAACAAAGAUGAGAGCUCUCUGACUCUCUCAUGGAGGUCUCAGCUCAAUUAAUUCAUUAAUUUCUUAUUAGUUAUCUUCUGCCUCUA